UAGCGGUCAUAAGUACUGUACUGUACUUAGUUGUCUCAUCUCUGCAGCCUCAAAGAAGUGGGACUCAGUACGUACUGGCUACUCUCGCUGCUGUGCGCUGCAAACGUCUACUUAUUCCCUGCUGCUUGUACACGCAGGCUUAUGGAAGAUAGAAAGAAAGAAUGCAAGCCGUGUGCAAAGUCACAGCUGUAUUGCUGGCCGCUGCUUAUUUAUUCAGUGUGCUCAUUUUCAUGUCUUCAGUGGUAGACUGAUAAAAAAAACUGCAUGUGGAGGAAAAAAUGGCCAUCUAGCUCAAGUUCUCAUGGCUCUUAUCAGCGUAAUGAAGCGUAAACAGUGUCUUACAGCAGAGAGAAUUUUAGCUGUAAUGGCAUCAUAGUCUUAUCUCCUGGUAAUUUUUUCUCUUUCAAAAACCGUCGGCCCAGAGAAUGAGAGGAAAAAUGAGCGUUGCUUACGGACAGUACUAUCCCAUCGUCGCUACCAACACCGCCGCCGCCGCCGCUUGUCCAUACUUCUGCACUUGUAAGCCUACAAUCUGGCAGUGCUCAAGCAGCAGCUCGAUGACCUGGCCGUUGGAUAAUCAGCCUCAUGUAAUUGUGAGAGGUGUGAAGAUGUUGGACAUGACAGGAUCGGAUGUGAAUGUUCUUCCAAAUUGGCGGCCUACCCAUAAUUUCCCGGAUUUGCAACUGAUCUUCCUGGUCAACACAAUUUUUGACGGUUAUCAAUGUCGUGAAUUGGAGUGCCUGGAGAAACUGGGUCUGAAGAUCAUCGCUCCCCGAUGCGGAAAAGACAAGCGUAACGGCUGCGCGUAUGCCCCGUGCUGUCCGUGGUCCAGCCGCCCUACACCAACCGGGUUUCCAACACCCUGGCCUUUGCCAUAUCCGCCCAAAGUCUUCACUACCACCCAUGCUGCUGCCGCUAUAACUACAACAACGGCCGGGGCGGUGGCGCCUGCGGCAAGCACAAAAAUUGUGCAAGCGACGAUUACAUCACCUGCCCCUUUAUUAAUUACGGUUAGGCAAGAGAGCAAAAGCAGUAGCAGCAGCAGUAGCAGCAGCAGCAGCACCACCACCACCACCACGACAGAAUCGGCAUUUACGUCGAGUGAUGAUAGCGCAUACGUUGUUUCUCCUGUCUUGACCGAUGCUGCUACGGCCGUGAUAGAUCCCACCACCAUAAAAAUUUCGAAUUUAUCGUCAACUUUAUCUAUGCUGUUGUCUCCACCUGCAGACAUUCGUUUUGAAAUAAAUAAUAUCCACCCUUCCUCCGUCCCAUUGUCCACGGAAAUAGAAAAUGAAUGGACACCAGCAGCAGCACUAGCGCGCCUGCUGCUACCACAUAUCAGGUGA